ACUACGCAACAGCAAAUUUUCUGUUUAGAUUACGAGUUUAACGAAAAAUUAUAUUCACAAAAGAGAUAGAGUUAACAAAAUGGUGCAUGAAGGGAAAGAUUUCGGAAAAUAUUUGGGUUAUGCCGGUAUUUCCGGAUCCAUAUUUAUGGCAGGAUUUGUACAAAUGGCGAAAGAAUGGAUUGCAAGCAUCGCAAAAAGUUAUCCACCAGAAGAUCUCCAUGAACUUCGAUACACUAUCCUGUUUGUUUCGGUAUUGUAUUUAGUUGCAAGCACCGUGUGGCUGUAUGGUGUAUACAAUGAACAUUUCAAAUAUUCAUUAGUUAUGUUGAUCAUAUCUACGGUUUAUUGGAUUCUUGUUGUUAUUCAAUAUUGGACGAAAAGGCAAGGUGAACUAAACGGAAUGGACUAUAUUAUGAUUGGUUUAACAGUGCUUAAAAUGGCCUAUAUAUAUCUAGCGUCGACAAUGAAACCAACAACACGCCUACGAUGCUCAUCAUCAAUACGUCCAUCAUGCUCACCAGCGUCAUAUUCAGGGCACAGUGCCCACAAUGUACAAUGGAGAAACUGUUGAGUUUUCAGAGAAAUUUUGUCAACCAAAUCUCAAAAAUUAUUCAAAAUUGUUCGUAUGAAUUAAAGAAAUAAUUAAAAA